AUGAGACUCACGAGUUGGCUGUGGAAGAAUCUCAAUUUGCCGGAGUGGAAUCGUCGCGUUUGGGAGAUCGGGUACCGGGGCCCACCUCUGCCGAAGUUGAAAAUAAUGGGCAGACCGGACUGGCCGAUCAGUAACAAUGCAAUUAAGCAGACGCAGGAGAAAUUCAUGCGAGAAUAUGAAGUAAUGAAGUGCCUGGCAACACCCUAUCUAAGCAAGGAAAUGGAGAGUGAUUAUGUUGCAAAAUACGGGACAUCAGCUGAGCAACGUGAGAGGCAAGCGCAGGAGCUGGAGCAGCGUCGCAUGCCAGGAAAACCGAAACGACGGAUCGUUGGUACUGGCAAAGUACUGAGAGCACGAGCAAAUGUUGGAAAUUUGUUGCACGAACAUCGAACUAUCGAAAGCACCCUAAAAGAGCUAAUUGUCAGACAGCGUUGGGACUGA